AUGAAUUUAUUGAAUCCAUCAGUUUCGGAAUAUCAUUUACUUCAAAUUGACAAUAGUUUAGAUUCAGAUAUCAUGUCAUUAUUAUUUUCGAAUAAGAUUAAAAUUCGCCACAUUGGAAAAGAGAUUAAUAGAUCAAUAUUCUUGAAAUAUUGCAAUGAAUAUUUGAAGGAUAGGACUGUUUUAUAUCUCAAUCAACCUGAUGUUUAUUUUGAUAACACUUUAAUUCUUGCUUCGACUAUUCAAUAUGGAGAAUGUGUGAAAAUUUAUAAGAGAUUGAGCAUGGUGAAACCUUUCGAUUGUGAGAGAGGACAAGGAUCAAUAAGUGAGGGAAUUAUUUUCAAAACCAAUUCACAGGAGCCAUUCAUGGUCAAUGAAGGAGAUCCAGAUUGGACAAAACAAUUAAUUAUUCCAAUGACUGCCAAAAUAUUUAAAACUCAUAAUUGUAAAUUGGCAGAGCAGAUAAAUGGUUGGUUUUUGAGUGAUCCAUCCCAAUUGGUUUAUUCAAAUCUGCAUAUACCCAAUAAUCAGAAAGUAUUAGUUACUAAAAGAGAAGGAGUAAAAAAGGAAUGA